GUCUGCCUCUGUCUUCCAACAGGAAUGUGUUUCCUCUGCUUCUGGUGCUGACAUGUGUGAGAGGAAGCUUUAACCUCUGAACACACUAACACAGCAGGACCGCCCACUUGUCUAAAGGGACACCUCCUCUGUGUGGACGUGCAAAUAUCUUGGCAUCUUGUGGAUGUGAGAGCUCUUCUUCAUACAGGAUGUGUGCUUCUGCAGCUAAAGUGAAAGUAAGACAGACCAGGAAACGCUGAGACAUUGUGCGUGAGGCUGGACUGUUGGAUUUAUGAAAACAUCAACCUCCCAACACAGAGAGAAACCCACUAAACUUCACUGAAGGAUAAGAAGCUGUCACUGUGCCAUACAGGUAAAUCACCACCAAAGGUACUGAACAGCUGAUGGAGUCUAUCAUCAGUGGAGACUUUGAGGCCUCUGUAUCAUUGAAGUUGGGUCUGUGUGCAGAACAUACAGAAGUACGGACACAUGGCUUGUUCAACACAGUCUGCCUUAAAUUACGUCAAGGAGGCCAGAAUUCACCUUGUGAAUGGAUUAAAAAAUCACUCAUUGAUUCUGGAGAACUUGAAUCAGCGAAGAGUUUUGGGUAAUGAGGAGGUCAGCAAAAUAGAGGCAGAGAAAGAUGACUACGAUAAAAACAGAAAAAUACUGGACUCUGUCAUAAGAAAGGGUGAAGAUGCCUGCUACGAGUUCCUCAGGAUUAUUUACAUGACGAGGAAGAAGAGCUUAGGGAGGACAUCUCUCCCUGAGAGAAAGACUGUAGCUUCUACUGAGACCAAGGAGUUUGACCUGCACAACUGGAUCAGCUGCUUUUCUUUCAAGGAAGACACACAAAUGGAUACAAACUACUUACAAGGAACAAGCCCGUGCUGCCGAUAUCAGGCAAAGUUGAAGUCAAAAGCAAAAAAAAAAUCAAAUCAGUUUUGGAUGGCAAACAAAAAUCUGUUUGAUGAAAACAAGAAGAAGAAUCUGUCGUACAUGUCACUUGUAUUAGACACAGAAAAAAGUUGUCCCUCUGAAGUAACGAAAUUUAAGAGCAAGAAAAUCAAGAAGAGUCGCCCUAAAAAGCUAAGAACAUACAUCCCUGAGGACAAAGCAGAAACGUCCCCCAGUGACCUGCUGAAAAAAAAAAAAAACAUACUCUUGGUUGGUAAGCCUGGGAUUGGAAAGACAGCACUCACUCACGAAAUGUUGAAACUCUGGGCAGAAAGAGACAACAAGGACCUUGAUUACAUGUUUUACUUUGACAUGAGAAAAACAUCCCACAUCAUGAAGGCCCUGAACUUGGAGGAUGUUCUCUUCGGUGAUUUCAAUGAGCCAGAUGAAGGCAAAGAAGAGGUCUUACAGGACAUAAAGAACUCUGACAGUGUUACACUCAUUUUUGAUGGAGUCACCGAUCUGAAGGGACUUCUAGAGAAGGAGAUCCUACCUGAUGCCAAGGUCAUCGUGACUUGCAGACCUGAUGACGAAGAAGAGUUUCUUCCUGCCGACUUUCUCAGAAUGGAAGUCAAAGGCUUUAGUGAGCAGACCAUAAAAACAUACUUAUCUGCAAUGCUAGGCGACAAACAGAAGAAGGUUUUGAGCAACGUGGAGCUGUUGACUCUUUGCCAUGUCCCAAUGUAUGCACUGAUGGUGGCUGCCUGCUCUUCAUUUGAGACACCAGAAGACUCUCCACAGCCAUGCAGUAUAACUGAAAUCUACAUCAAUAUUGUUCGUCAUUGCCUUCAAAUAAACAGCAAAACAAAAAUCAAAGAUCUAAAUUCCUUCAUCAGCAACAAGAGAAAUGAAAUACUGUCUUUGGCUGAAGUUGCUUUUCAUGCAACUGAAGAAAAGACUGUGAACUUGACUGAAAGUCCCUGUGAAGACAGCUGUGUCCUCUCCUUCCUGAAACAGCUUGUUAUCAGAGUCGCCCCUACUAAGACAAUAACCACACAUGCAUUUCUCCAUUACACAAUGCAGGAGUUUUUGCAGCACUGUGGCUCUUGAAGAAUCCAGAUCAAAUCAAGGAUGUUUUUCAGCAAUGCCUCACUGAGGAGAAGAAACACAUGAAGCAUCUGAUCCCUUUCAUGUGUAGAUUGUUGACUGACAAGAGCCCCAGUUUGAUGAAGUGUCUGAUACCAGCUGAGGAGCUCAAGAAUAUAUCCAGCUGGUUCUUUGGGGAAAUGAUUUCCACAUUUCUCAACAGUGAGCUGUUCAGUGUACUGUUCUUAUGCCAGUGCAUGUAUGAGUCCCAGUGUCCUGAAGCAUGCACCUACCUUCUGGACAAGCUGGACUACCAUCUUGAUCUCAGUGAAGAGACUCUCCAUUCAUACCCUUGCUGUGCUGUGGCCUAUGUGGUCAGUCAGUCGAAGGAGAGGAAGAUAAGCCUGGACCUUGAGGACGUCACGGUAUCAGAACAAGGAAUGAGACGACUAUUUGGAUGUCUUGAAAACGUCCAAUGGUGUGACCCUCUGCCACAGCAGCUGUCCAAGAUCUUGCUCCUCAGUGAAGGGCAGAUGGACCACAUGAGCUUACUUGGCCUUGAUGGAAAUCAGUUGCACCUCCCAGUUGAGGGUAAAAAACAGCUGUUUGAAAGAGCAGUAAACAUCAUGCAGAAGAUUACCACAAAGGUUAACGUCUGCCUCCACUGGGAAAGGGAAACUCCCGUCUUGCAGAAUCUGUGCGAGUCUCUCUUGGAGGCUUUGCCACACAUCAGCUCACUCAGCUUCAGGAUGUCCUACAGAGAUCCAGGAUCACAGGACGAGAAGCAAUGCCACGAGACACUGGAGAGGAACAAAAAGCAGCUGCUAAUGGAUUUAUGCCUGAAAGCAGAACUUCACGAGGGAGGAAGCUCUCACAAUGUAGUGAAUAGGCUCCUCUCUUUGUUUUCUGUUAACACUGACUUAAACUCCAUCCUUGAUUUUUAUCAACACGUCCAGGGUAGAGGGUUUUCAGGUGUCAUUCCAAAACUGAGGCCACUUUUCCAGUCAGCUCCUGCAGUCUGGUCCAUAGACCUCUCAAAGAGAAAGACCUCCAUCCUCCUGGAAGUGCUGAAACUCCAACCAGAGAAGAAACCAGUGGAGCUGACAGGCUGCUCAGAUGAAGAGAGUGAAGUGAGGAGUUUCCUACAGUGUCUGCCUUAUAUCUCACAGCUCAGUUUUGAUCCUCGACGGUCAGAUCAUUCAGAACCAGUCAGGUUCUUUGUGAAUCUGUUCUGUGCAGCAGCAGAGAGAGAACAGCAGACAGGAGAGAAGAUACUGGAGCUGCUAUCAUCAGUGUGCAGAUACAAAACAUUCCCUUUAAAUGAGAGAUACAUGGAUUAUAAUGAAGAUGACGAGGUAUAUCAGUGUGAUGUCCUGCUGGAUCUGUACUCCCACCUGAAGGACUAUGAGACUAGAACAGGCCUGAGUGUCCUUCCAUCAUUACAGUCAGUUCUCCAGUCAGCUCCUGCAGUCUGGCUCAUAAACCUCUCAAAGAGAAAGACCUCCAUCCUCCUGGAAGUGCUGAAACUCCAACCAGAGAAGAAACCAGUGGAGCUGACAGGCUGGUCAGAUGAAGAGAGUGAAGUGAGGAGUUUCCUACAGUGUCUGCCUUAUAUCUCACAGCUCAGUUUUCCUCCUUGGUGGUCACAUCGUUCAGAAGAAGUCAGGUUCUUUGGGAAUCUGUUCUGUGCAGCAGCAGAGAGAGAACAGCAGACAGGAGAGAAGAUACUGGAGCUGCUAUCAUCAGUGUGCACAUACAAAACAUUCCCUUUAAAUGAGAGAUACAUGGAUUAUGAUGCUCACAAAUAUCAGUGUGAUGUCCUGCUGGAUCUGUACUCCCACCUGAACGACUAUGAGACUAGAACAGGCCUGAGUGUCCUUCCAUCAUUACAGUCAGUUCUCCAGUCAGCUCCUGCAGUCUGGUCCAUAGACCUCUCAGAGAUAAAGACCUCCAUCCUCCUGGAAGUGCUGAAACUCCAACCAGAGAAGAAACCAGUGGAGCUGACAGGCUGGUCAGAUGAAGAGAGUGAAGUGAGGAGUUUCCUACAGUGUCUGCCUUAUAUCUCACAGCUCAGUUUUGAUCCUCGAUGGUCACAUCAUUCAGAACAAGUCAGGUUCUUUGUGAAUCUGUUCUGUGCAGCAGCAGAGAGAGAACAGCAGACAGGAGAGAAGAUACUGGAGCUGCUAUCAUCAGUGUGCAGAUACACAACAUUCCCUUUAAAUGUCAUUUAUUAUGAUGACUAUGAGGAUUAUCAGUGUGAUUUCCUGCUGGAUCUGUACUCCCACCUGAAGGACUAUGAGACUAAAACAGGCCUGAGUGUCCUUCCAUCAUUACAGUCAGUUCUCCAGUCAGUUCCUGCAGUCUGGUUCAUGGACCUCUCAGAGAGAAAGACCUCCAUCCUCCUGGAAGUGCUGAAACUCCAACCAGAGAAGAAACCAGUGGAGCUGACAGGCUGGUCAGAUGAAGAGAGUGAAGUGAGGAGUUUCCUACAGUGUCUGCCUUAUAUCUCACAGCUCAGCUGUGAUCCAGAGUUCUUCCAGAGAGUGUGUUCAUGCAUCUCUGUGAGAUCCAGAGAGGAGGCCGAGCAGCUGUCCUCUCUGCUGCGGCUGCUGGGGUUCACCCUGCUGUUAACAGGAGAGUUACCCAGGACAAGCUGCCGCUCUGUGGGGACAGUUCUCAGACGUUGUGGCUCUGAUGUGGAUCUCAUCCUCACACCCAGAAAGAUGUCUUUCAGAGGAGUCUUCCUCCUCUUUAGACGAACAACACAACUACACAGUCUGAGGCUUUCUAACGGCAUGGCCUUGCUACUGUGUCGAUGGGUAAGAAGAGAGAGAGAGAACUGUCGGGUGACUAUUGAAGAGCUUUCUCUCUCUCCUCAGACGGCCCCACCAUCACUAAGAGUACUGUUGAAGCUUGUCAGUAGUUUGGCGUCCCUGCUGAGAUACUGGACAGUCAGUCGGUUAGACCUGACUGAGUUCUGUGUUCCUGUUCAGGGUCUCAUUCCACUGCUGCUGCAUGAUGGCCCUCUAACAAUCAAACUGAGUAAGAAGACUUUCCAUCAGCUACUCUCCCUCCUUUAUGAAGUCCAGGACAAGGACUUGACCUGGUCCUUCUUGAGUAAGGUAGGUGGAGACCUGACCUCCUACUGUCUGAACUGGGAGCUUCUUCACUAUCUGCUGCAGUCAUCAGCUCAGACCUUCACCGUGAACAUGAGGAAGAACAGCUUCUUACAGGAGAGCAUCGCACGUCUGCUUCCCUUUCUGGACAGGAUUGUGUUUAAAAGACCCUGUCCCAGCUUUGUGUUGACCGCCAUCAGAGAGAUCUAUAGAGCUGGAGCUGGUCCCAUUAUACCCAGUUUACUGAGGUCAUUGGAUCAUGUGAUCAGCCUGACCUGCAGAGAGAUGGACUCGGUGGACUGUGCCGCUCUGCUCUUCACCCUCAAACACAGUGACAGAGUUAAACUGGACCUCCUGUGGACCUCCAUCCCAGCAGGGGAAAUAGAGUCCAUCCUCUUUAUGCUGGACAAAGUUUCUCAACUCAGUGUUGACAGGAAUCAGCUGCUGAGGUUGGUCCACUGCUGUGCUGCCUCUGAGGCCCAGCAGGGGGCAGCAGUCAGCCUGCUCAGGACUGUGCAGCACAGGCUGGAUCUGUCCUGCUCCUCCUGUGUGGAUCUGGAUCAGAGGGACACUCUCCGUCUGACUGGUGACGACUGCAGGGCCGUCUCCACCAUCCUGAGACGCAGCAGCCGGGACACAGAGCUCAACCUGCAGGACUGUGAGGUGGAGGACGGCGGACUGGACCUGCUGUUUCCUGUCCUCGACAGAGUCCGCCUCAGAGCCAGUAAAGCUGUCCUCCUCCAGCUGGUGUCCCUGGUUCCUGUGAACAGUGAGAGGGACACAGUGAGACGGGCAGUGUCCCUCUGCAGAGCCCUGGAUGGAGAGCUGGACCUCAGUCACACCACACUGGAUCAGAGGGUCUGUGGAGCUUUGGCCUCGAUGCUGGACUCCUCUGAAGAGCUGACAGAGCUGGACCUCAGUCACUGUCAGCUCACUGACCAGCUGCUGCUCACACUCAGCUCACAUCUGCACAAAGUACAAGUCCUGGAUCUGAGUCACAAUAACAUCACCAAUGCUUCAACCGGCGCGUUGCUCCAGCUGGUCUCCACCAACCCCUCCAUUGACACCGUGCGACUCUUCAGGAACAACAUUGUGGACACAACGUCCUUUAAGAAGGACAAGAAGUUUGAAAUAUGGUGAAGCGGUCGUCAGUGUGGUGUUUUCUGUCUGAUGACCAUUAGAUGAAAAUGUUAGUGUAGUGCAACUACUAAUACUGUGUUUGAGGUGGUCUGUUCACAUGGAGGUCAAGAGCAGCCAGGGCCUCGUUUCAGGUCUCAGCUUUAACAAAGCCUGAACUCUGAGUGGACUCAUCCUGAGGAGGGAAACUCAGAACAGCUGAUCAGAGUCCGAUCAAUCUACUCUGAGCCAUCAUCAAUAGAGCUCUGAUACCACGAUUCACCAUGGCAACAUGGCCUCCGUUUUAAUCCAGUCAACGUAGAGAUAUUAGUACAUGUAUAUGCUGACUGCGCACAUUUAUCUUUAAAAAAGUCAGAGCUGGGAGAAGUGUCAAUAACACAUUAAAGUUUAAUUCAGUGUUGUCCAUUGUUGUCCAUCCUCCGCUAAUUAAUUAAUCCUCCGCUUCGAUGCGCGCUGAAUGAAGGAGGAAAUAAAGCAGCGUGUCUGGCUCUGUAACAGGGAGCAGGUCGAGUUACCGUGGCGACUGACUCUGUUACCAUGGUAACUGACCCAGAGUUUAAGUUAUCUCUCUUUCUGGAAGGGAAAAUCCAGAGUUUACAUCAUCUCAGGUUUAACUAACUCAAAGUUUUUACUAAUCCUCUUUCUCUUUCUGAAACAGAGCUCAGCAGUGUUUGAUGAUAAUCAUCUGGAGAUCAUGACUCCUCUCUUGUUCUGGAGGUGCUGUAGAUUAUUAUUUUAUGCUGCUCAUAUUUAGCAUUGACAGCCUGAGAUAAUGUUCUGUUGGGAUAAUUCAUAUUUUUGUAUUUUGUGGUAACUAUGAAUGUUUAGUUCAUAAAACAUGUUUGAUACGUUGAGAUGACAGUGAAUUAUCUCAAGGGAAUGAUCUUGAAAUGUAAAUAUGAGUGUCUGUUCCUUCUCUUUUCCUCAUUAAAAUACCUCGUUUACUGUAAA